UCUAGGCGAGCGUGGCUAGCCGUUGGGCUUAGGUCCUAGUUAGUGAGGGCUUUUUGGUUUACAAGUUUGGGCUCGUGGCUGUACAGGUAAGGUAAUAAGCUCAGGAACGCAACCGUCGCUUCCUUGGAGCCUGGGCAGAUUUCGGUGCCUGGGGAGGCUGGGACAGAUGCUGGACCUAGAGCUGCGAUCCCGGGAUCGGAGAUAAUUCUUCGCUGUUCCUCGGCGUUUUCUAGUUUAUGUAGUGAUUUUUUCCCCCCCUCUAGCAAUCGCUGUUAAUCCCCAGAACAACACUUUGUGUGAGGAAGUGUAAGUUCCUCCAGUUGACAACUGAGGAAAAGGCACAGCAGCCACACAGAAAAGAUGGGAGAGGAGGCCAAUGAUGACAAGAAGCCAACUACUAAAUUUGAACUAGAGCGAGAAACAGAACUUCGCUUUGAGGUGGAGGCCUCUCAGUCAGUUCAGUUGGAGCUGCUCGCUGGCAUGGCAGAAAUCUUUGGCACAGAGCUGACCCGAAACAAGAAAUUCACCUUUGAUGCUGGUGCCAAGGUGGCUGUUUUCACUUGGCAUGGCUGUGCUCUACAGCUCAGUGGCCGCACCGAGGUGGCGUAUGUCUCCAAGGACACCCCUAUGUUGCUUUAUCUCAACACUCAUACAGCCUUGGAGCAGAUGCGGAGGCAGGCGGAGAAGGAAGAAGAGCGAGGGCCCCGGGUGAUGGUAGUGGGCCCCACUGAUGUGGGCAAGUCCACAGUGUGCCGUCUCCUGCUCAACUACGCAGUGCGUUUGGGCCGCCGGCCCACUUACGUGGAGUUGGAUGUGGGCCAGGGCUCUGUGUCCAUCCCUGGUACCAUGGGGGCCCUCUACAUUGAGCGGCCAGCAGAUGUUGAAGAGGGAUUCUCUAUCCAGGCCCCUCUGGUGUAUCAUUUUGGCUCCACCACUCCUGGCACCAAUAUCAAGCUUUAUAAUAAGAUUACAUCUCGUUUAGCAGAUGUGUUCAACCAAAGGUGUGAAGUGAACCGAAGGGCCUCUGUGAGUGGCUGUGUCAUUAACACCUGUGGCUGGGUCAAGGGCUCUGGUUACCAGGCACUGGUGCAUGCAGCCUCAGCCUUCGAGGUGGAUGUAGUUGUGGUUCUGGAUCAAGAACGACUGUACAAUGAACUGAAACGGGACCUACCUCACUUUGUACGCACUGUGCUGCUCCCUAAAUCUGGGGGUGUGGUUGAGCGCUCCAAGGACUUCCGGCGGGAAUGUAGGGAUGAGCGUAUCCGUGAGUAUUUCUAUGGAUUCCGGGGCUGUUUCUAUCCCCAUGCCUUCAAUGUCAAAUUUUCAGAUGUGAAAAUCUACAAAGUUGGGGCACCCACCAUCCCAGACUCCUGUCUGCCUUUGGGCAUGUCUCAGGAGGACAAUCAGCUCAAGCUAGUCCCCGUCACCCCUGGCCGAGAUAUGGUGCACCACCUCCUGAGUGUCAGCACCGCUGAGGGCACAGAGGAGAACCUUUCUGAAACAAGUGUGGCUGGCUUCAUCGUGGUGACCAGUGUGGACCUAGAGCAUCAGGUGUUCACUGUUCUCUCUCCAGCCCCCCGCCCACUGCCUAAGAACUUCCUUCUCAUCAUGGAUAUCCGGUUCAUGGAUCUUAAGUAGAGAUGAGCAGGAAGCCUUGCUGCCUGGGGCGUAGAGAUCUGGCCAUCACCUAAGGCACAUGGGCUGAGGUAUGAGGAUCUCUUGAGGCCAGGCUGACCAGUAUAUGGUGGACUACUCGGAAGCGUAUAUUCUACCUCUUAAAACAGGUGGUGGUAACCUAACUCUUCUGAUCUUGAACCAGAAGGAGAACCAUGAGAAUAUAAUUGGUUUCUUAGAUCAGCUGAAUUGCCACUUUGAAUGAUCUGAGUUCCAGAGAAGUCCCAUUUUUUUCACUCUGCUACUAUGUGGACUAAUUUAUUACUGCUUUUUAUAUUCUGUAUAUAGUACUUGUUAUCUUCUUUGUCCAGGAUGAGAGAGCGAAUUCAAAGGACUCCUUCCAAUAAAGUUCAUACUUGGGGAAAAAAAAAAAAAUUUUAAUAAACAUUU